AUGGGGUUACCUUCCUCGUCAUUAGACACUAGCUGGUGGGUGUUUACUCUUCCAGCCAUAGCAAGAACACAGAACUUAACUCACAACCCACUCUUGCUCAUUAUCCUCACUGCAAUUCUUUCCAUUGCCCUUCUGGCGUGGGCCUUCCCAAGAGGGGGAGGAGGUCCUGCAUGGAGAAACGGAAAGAACCAAAUGGGCCGGGUCCCUAUACCCGGGCCCAAAGGAGUCCCUCUCUUCGGCCUCUUGUUUAGCUUAAACCAUGCCCUACCUCAUCGCACCCUCGCAUCCAUUGCUUCAGCCCUAUCCGCCACCAAACUCAUGGCCUUCAGUUUGGGGUCAAGCCCAGUAGUUGUAACUUCAAACCCUCACGUGGCGCGUGAGAUCUUGAACUCACCCCAUUUCGCCGACCGCCCCGUUAAACAAUCCGCUAAGAGCCUCAUGUUCAACCGCGCCAUUGGGUUUGCCCCAAACGGUGCGUAUUGGCGCUUGCUGCGGAGGGUAGCCUCAACACACCUCUUCUCCCCGCGGCGCAUUCUCGCCCACGAGCCAGGUCGCUGGCUAGACUGCGCCGCCAUGUUGCGUGCUAUAGCUCAAGAGCAGUCCAAAAACGGGUUCGUGUGCCUAAGAAAACACCUCCAAGAUGCAGCGCUGAAUAACGUUAUGGGAACUGUCUUUGGAAGAAGGUACCACGACCAAGAUGAGUGUUAUAAUCGGCGUGAGAUUGAAGAGGUGCGCGACAUGGUGCGGGAAGGUUUUGACCUUCUGGGAGCUUUCAACUGGUCUGAUUAUGUUCCUUGGAUCAGCUUCUUCUAUGACCCUUUACGUGUUCGAGAACGGUGCUCUGUUCUUGCUCCGAGAGUGAAGAAAUUUGUAAAGAGGAUUCUGGAGGAGCACCGCAUAAUGGCUCCAUUCAAGGAACUUUCUGAUGACUCGGACUUCGUGGACGUGCUGCUCUCUCUAGAAGGGGAGGACAAGCUCGAAGACGAUGACAUCAUUGCUGUUUUAUGGGAGAUGAUAUUUCGUGGCACGGAUACAACAGCACUUCUUACUGAGUGGGUAAUGGCGGAGCUUAUUUUGAAUGAGGAAGUACAAACCAGGCUCCGCCAUGAACUUCGCAGGGUUGUGGGAAACAAGACGGUAGUUACAGAUGCUGAUGUGAUAAAGUUGCCAUACUUAGAAGCCAUUGUGAAAGAAACCUUGCGAUUGCAUCCAAUUGGGCCUCUUCUUUCGUGGGCCCGCUUGUCCACGUCAGAUGUCCAUCUCAGCAAUGGAAUGGUGGUCCCAGCCAACACCACAGCAAUGGUGAACAUGUGGGCCAUUACUCAUGACCCUAGCGUGUGGCACGAGCCACUUGUGUUCAAGCCAGAGAGGUUUGUGAAGAGUGAAGGAGGGGUUGAAGUGGAUGUGAGAGGUGGUGACCUAAGACUCGCACCAUUUGGAGCUGGACGUAGGGUUUGCCCGGGUAAAAACCUUGGUCUUGUGACUGUGAGCCUUUGGGUGGCUAACUUGGUUCAUCGUUUUCAAUGGUUUGAAGACAUGGCUAACCCAGUUGACCUAGCCGAGGUUCUGAAGUUAUCCUGUGAGAUGAAGAACCCCCUCAGAGCCCUCGCAUCUCCAAGGUUUACUAAUUAAACCUUAAUAAUUAUUCUGAGAUUUGGGUGUGUGUAAAAGUAUGUGAAAAGUACUAAUUUUCCAAUAAAAAAGUGUCUCUAAGUGUGAGGAUUAUUUAUCUAGCUUUUAUACAAGUGAGAUAAAUAUCCUUUUUGUUGUAAUACCAAAUCUUU